AGGAGGGACUUUCUCCCCAUCUUUUUUUCCCCUUCUUGUAGAUGGAAAGGUGUGUGGGGAGGUGGAUGGCAAAGUGGGUGGGUGGACAGAUGGAUGGAUGGAUGGAUGGAUGGAUGGAUGGGCACGUGGGGAUGGCCAGGAGCUGAUCGGACAGGUGGGUGGCUGACUAGAUGUGGUUGGAUGGCCAGAUGGGGAUGGUUUGACUGGUCCUGGUGCCCCUCUGUAGUGUGACAGCAGGCUGGAUCCGCACCAGCAGGCCCAAAGCUCCUGCUAGAAGAGGUGGUAAAUCUCAUCUCUGGUGCCUGUCUUUGGGGUCAGCCUAGGAGCCUGGACGCCCGGGUUCUCUCCCUACCCUGGGACGGGAGGGGGAGCAUAGAAAUCACCCUGUAAGCCAGACACCCCUGCCCCCAACCUCGGCUUGUCCCCAGUGUUUCACAGGACUGGAAACCAACCUAGGGUUGGCUCACAGCACCGCCUGGUGGCCUGCAAUGGUGGCAUCAGCACUGGCUACGAGCAGGCUAUGGCCCAGAUGUCUGGGUUCUGACCUAGCUUGGGGAGAGGGGGGAGGCUGGUGGAUCAGAAUGGGGAGUGGGGAGAAAUGGGAGUCCGGAGGCCUGGGUUCUCUCUCAGCUCUGAGAGGGGAGUGAGGUCUGGUGAGCUACAGCAGGGGCCUGGGGGCCCGCACACCUAGGUUCUUUCCUUUUCCUUGCAACCUGUAAUGGGUAUUUCCUCUGUCCCAUGUUUCCCACCCUCUACCCACCUUGCAAUGGGUGGAAUGGGAAACCAGCCUUGUAGCGGGACCAGCCUUGCAACACCUGGAUGGGAGCCCUGGUUUGCAAGAACUCAACCUGCAAUGCAGGGCUCUGUGCUCCCUGGUGGGCACUGGCUGGAGUUGGUGCCGGGGGAUUCAUCGUCCUGGUCAUCAUUGUGGCCCUGUCUGUGUGUCUGUGCCGGGCUAAGAGGAGAGUAAGGAAGCUGGCAGCCCUGAAGGGCGGCGCCAGAGAGGAGCAGCCUGACGUCCAUUAUGCCUCCCUCCAGAACCUGGGAUCUGCCUCGGCCAAGGACGCGAGGCCCGAGCCCCCCCAGCCUCACAACCACGACUAUGCCACUGUGGCUGAGCUGCGGCGGGGGCAGGAAGAGGCUGGGGGGGGGGAGGCAGGGGUGGAGACUGGGCCAUGUCCAGGGACAGGGGAAAGGGAAGAGGAAAGAGAAGAGGGGGACCCCCCGGAAGAGGUGAGCCAGGGCUGUGAUGGCAGUGGGGAGCUGGAGGGGGCUGGGCAGCGAGGGGAGCCCUGAGGCUGGCCUGAGAACCCCAGUGUCUGGGCUCCCAGCCCCCCACUAGUGGUCAGCUCCCAGCCCUCCUCCUGGAGAGCCCAGGCAUCCAGGCUCCCAUCCCCCUCGGCACUCCGCUCCCAGAGAAUUCAGGUGUCCAGGCUCUCAGCCCCCUAGUCCCCUCCGGAGAACCCAGGUAUCUGGGCUCCCAGCCCCACCUCUCUCAGAGAGCCCAGGCAUCCAGGAUUCUUGGUGGGAGAAGCUGGGGUCCUGGGUUGUGGCUGGAUGCCCUGGUCCUGGCCCUGGGUGGUCGAGGUGGUGGUGGGGCCUUUCUGCCCACUGUAAUAUACCAAUCAGAAGCUGUAAUAAAAGGUUGCUAUGGAAGCUGUUGUGUUUCUGUGGUGCUAGUUGGGAUCCUAUCUAGAGCCAGCCAUAGCUCCUGUCCCUGUUAUACGCAGCCCUUCUCCUGCCCUGGUCUCUAAUGCCCCAUUUCAUCACUUUACCUCCCUCUUAGCAUCAGCACAAGUGAGGAACCCAGGCAUCUGGGUUGGCAGGAGGCUUGAUCACAGUCUUAUUUCCUCCUCCUCCUCCU